UGCCGGUGGCAAAGUUUCCAAUGGAUGGGAUUUGACCAUCGACAGCUGAAGCUAUCAGUAGGCUUCUCUUCUGCGGUCAGCUCUCAAUGGUUAUCUCAUCCCUAGGUGGAAGAAGCUCGAGCUCGCUGCAGUGCCCAACAACAUGCCUUCGCAGGGGAAGAAGCUCAUCAACAACCCAGAUGCGGUCGUGACUGAGUUCAUUGAGGGUCUAGUGGAAACUUAUCCUGGACUCCAGUAUUUGGAUGGCUUUCCUGAGGUUAAGGUUGUAUUACGCGCUGAUGUUUCGGGUCCAACAUAUGACAAAGUUGUUAUUAUAUCAGGUGGGGGGAGUGGGCAUGAGCCUGCCCAUGCAGGAUUUGUUGGAGAAGGCAUGCUAACUGCUGCAAUAUCUGGAGAUGUUUUUGCCUCUCCUCCUGUUGAUGCUAUCUUAGCUGGUAUCCGUGCUGUCACUGGGCCCAUGGGAUGUCUACUCAUAGUCAAGAACUAUACUGGGGAUCGAUUGAAUUUUGGUCUUGCUGCUGAGCAAGCAAAGUCUGAGGGUUACAUGGUUGAGACUGUCAUUGUCGGGGAUGAUUGUGCUUUACCCCCUCCUCGAGGCAUAGCUGGGAGGAGAGGUUUGGCUGGGACCAUCUUCGUCCAUAAGGUUGCUGGAGCAGCUGCUGCUGCUGGGCUUACUCUCUCUGCUGUCGCAGCAGAAGCAAAGCGUGCCUCUGAAAUGGUUGGUACAAUGGGUGUAGCUCUAUCUGUCUGCACUCUGCCCGGUCAGGUCACGUCUGAUCGGUUGGGCCCAGGAAAGAUGGAACUUGGUCUUGGAAUACAUGGGGAGCCUGGAGCUGCUGUGGCUGAUGUUCAGCCUGUGGACACAGUGGUCUCUCAUGUUCUGAAGCAGAUUCUAUCACCAGAAACAAACUAUGUCCCAAUCAUUAGAGGUGAUAGAGUGGUUGUAAUGAUAAAUGGGUUAGGUGGGACCCCGAUCAUGGAGCUAAUGAUUGCGUGCAGAAGUGCAGUAGCUAAACUGCAGCUCGAACAUGGUCUGGCUGUAGAUAGAGUGUACACAGGGUCCUUCAUGACCUCUCUCGAUAUGGCAGGUUUUUCAAUUUCUGUCAUGAAAGCAGACCAGUCAUUUUUGCAACGACUAGAUGCAGCAACAAAGGCUCCUGCAUGGCCUGUUGGAGCUGAUGGUAAGCAUAUUUCUCCGAAGGUUCCCAUUCCGCUACCUUCGUCGUGCUUAAAAGAGAGCAAUGAGUUACCAAUUCGGCCACCAAAGUUGAGCCAACAUGGGCUUGUCCUUGAGGCAGCCAUUGAAGCAGCUGCGAAUGCAGUCAUCAAUAUCAGAGAUAGUUUGAACGAGUGGGAUGCCAAGGCAGGUGAUGGUGACUGUGGGUCUACGAUGUUCAAAGGUGCAACUUCGAUUCUUGAGGACUUGAAAACACAUUAUCCUCUAAACAAUGCUGCCGAAACAGUGAAUGAAAUCGGAAAUUCUAUCCGGCGAGUUAUGGGUGGAACUAGUGGGAUCAUAUACAAUAUAUUGUGCAAGGCAGCCUAUGCAAGACUGAAGGCGAGACCUGAGUCAGCGGUAACCGCAAAACAAUGGGCUGAAGCUCUCAAAGCUGCAAUUUCUGCGGUUAGUAAAUAUGGAGGAGCGGGUGAGGGUUACCGGACAAUGUUGGACGCUUUGAUUCCAGCAUGCACAGUCCUCAAGGAGAGGCUAGGUGCUGGGGAUGAUCCUGUGACUGCGUUCGUUCUCUCAUCUGAAGCAGCAUUAGCAGGAGCUGAGGCGACCAAGCAGAUGCAGGCACAGGCUGGUCGUGCAUCAUAUGUUUCUGUUGAGAACCUCCUUUCGGUCCCAGACCCAGGCGCUAUGGCUGCCGCUUCAUGGUACAGAGCAGCAGCAUUGAUCGUAAAGGACAGACUCCAUGUCCCGUGAACCGAGACACCUUUUGCACAGCAGAUUUUGUUCGGUGACUACUGUCUAGACUCAAAAGCAUCUGAUGUACACAAACACAAAGCUAAUGCCUCUCCUCCAAACCGAGCACAAUCAAACUUCACCAUCCGAAUUCUCGUCAGGAUGGCACCACCUGUAAGUAGUGCAAGUUCCCGCGAUAAUUUUGACCCGACAGGCAUUUGGUGCCUCUGGAAAAAUAUUAUUAGGCAGGAAAAAUGUUUUCGAAAUCCACUCGAUGUACUUCACGGCCAAGGUAAGUCGAUGCCCGAAGUGGGACAACUUUAGUUACGUGCGUAAGCCGGCCUAUACAAAUUCUUUAUAUAUUGGGCCUGACUAAAGUUGGCCCAAGUAACUCAGCCCCUCGACUGUGCGGGAGUAAAUUAAUUGUACGUUGGCCCCUUAAUUUACUAUGUUAUUACGAGGGCAUCCCCACAGUUCAAAAAGUUUAUCCUCA